AUGGAGAUUGAACGGAAAAAGGCCCGAACGCAUAAAACCACACAACUUGGCCCUAUGAUCCGAUUCCAUUCCUUCACCGUGCCAGACAUCGGGGAGCAACCCAACGCCUUUGCUGUCGCCAUAGAUUAUAAGAGUGGUGAUGUCGUUUCGAAACCACUGAUCGUUAACAGAGAGGCAAGAUGUGCCAGAAGUUUAGUCACUUUUGCCGAUUUAAGCUGCCUACGUUCGGCACUCCCUGCUUCGGCAGACCUCACCCUUAUCACAGGUGUAACUUCCAAUUGUUCUCAGCACCAAUCUGCUACUUCUAGCAGGCCAAAGCGCCGAAUGCGUCUUUGCCCGAUAACAGGACAGCCAGCCAAGUAUGUCAUUGCAUUUAUUUUGAAUUUUGCUUAUUAG